GUGAUGACGUGUACACUGAGAUUCCGAAUCCCAACGGCUGGAAACUGGACAUAGGAGUCAUGGAGUACACCGGGAGCGAAUAUAUCGGGGAAUAUGUAAAUGGGAGGAUGGAGGGCAAUGCCAAAUACAUCCUUCCUACUGAAACAAGAUACGUUGGGGAAAUGAAGGACGGCAUGUUUCAUGGUGAAGGAACGCUAUACUUCCCCAGUGGGAGCCGAUACGACGCUAUUUGGGAAAAGGGAUUGGUGGUAAAGGGCACAUAUACCUUCGCAGACGGGCUCCAAUACAAUGCUGUGAACUGGCAUUACUGUGACAGCUAUGAUCGGAGGUUUUACACUGAGAUCUGCAAUGGCUUGAAGCCUGCAGGUAUCUCUCAACUCACCAAUAUGGACCCGCCUAGAAAAAUCCCUAAGGGCUAUUAUGAUUGUGGAGAUGGCUUCUAUAACCCGACCACAAGGAUAAUCAAGGACUACAAGAACCGCUUUCUGAGAAAUGCUGAUGAUGAUGAGCAUGAGUGGAUCAUCCGUACCUGUCGGAAGGGCUGGGAUGAGAUCGGGACUCACAGGCCCAAGCUGUGAGUUCCGCGGCUGCCUUCACCAGAGAUUUCCAUCUGUCCUCCUGGCACCGGCUGGCCCAGAGGGCAGGCUGUAGUCUUAGAACCUGACUUUCAAUUCAGGAAUAAAGGCUUUCUGCAGUGACCCUUCUUUCCCUUAGAA